GUUGCAAGAGGUGGAGUCGAACCUUUGUCGCGUAACUUUCUUAUAAUUGCGCUAUUGUCGCAGGGUCUUAUAUACCACUCCUAUGCCCAUUUGCCAUUGAAUCAAAUUCCAAUUCCGUUUGUCGCUCAUAUCCCCCAUACCCAAACACCCCACCAUGUCCACCGACGCAACCCAAAUCGAGCAGCAACAAUCUGAGGGUACCGCUGCUCCAGAGAAGAGGUCCGACGAGCCAAAGACGUACCGCGAAGUCGCCGCCGAACAUAUCGACACCCUCAACGAGAUCAACCACCAAAUCCCCAAACUACUAAAGUACUUUGCGACCGCACUGUCCCAACUCACCAACGACCCUAUCCCGUUCCAGAACGAUGCCAUGCAAUGUCAACCCGGAACCCUCGAUGCACGCAAAGAAGCCUUUCGCUUGAACGCUAUAUUUUGUGGAAUGUCCUGCGAAUUGAUACGAAGUGAACUGGUAAAGCAAAUCAACGCUCUCGAGAGAUACAAGGUCAUACCCAAGAGCCAUCCAAAGUUCACUGCCGUCGGCAAGAAUCAGAAAGACAAGCGUGAAGAAGAGGUCGUAGAUCCGGAAAAGGAUGUGAAGAAUGGAGGCUAUGGUGAGUUUGAUGUUGGGGUACUGAACGCGAGAGCGAGCUCAGGACAGGUCGGUGCUGAGGACGUCUUGGAUCGGGCCAAGUUAAUACUGGAGGAAUUACAGAAACGGACCCGGGAGGCUUCGGCUACUGAGGACAUGGUAGUGGACGGAUGA